GUGGCGGCGGGCGUCGCGAGCGGUGACAUCACGGGGGCGACGGCGGCGAAGGGCGGGGGCGGAGGAGGAGCGAGCUGGGCCGGGGGGCAGCUGCACAGUCUCCGGGAUCCCCAGGCCUGGAGGGGGGUCUGUGCGCGGCCGGCUGGCUCUGCCCCGCGUCCGGUCCCGAGCGGGCCUCCCUCGGGCCAGCCCGAUGUGACCGAGCCCAGCGGAGCCUGAGCAAGGAGCGGGUCCGUCGCGGAGCCGGAGGGCGGGAGGAACAUGACAUCGCGGAGAUGGUUUCACCCAAAUAUCACUGGUGUGGAGGCAGAAAACCUACUGUUGACAAGAGGAGUUGAUGGCAGUUUUUUGGCAAGGCCUAGUAAAAGUAACCCUGGAGAUUUCACACUUUCCGUUAGAAGAAAUGGAGCUGUCACCCACAUCAAGAUUCAGAACACUGGUGAUUACUAUGACCUGUAUGGAGGGGAGAAAUUUGCCACUUUGGCUGAGUUGGUCCAGUAUUACAUGGAACAUCACGGGCAAUUAAAAGAGAAGAAUGGAGAUGUCAUUGAGCUUAAAUAUCCUCUGAACUGUGCAGAUCCUACCUCUGAAAGGUGGUUUCAUGGACACCUCUCUGGGAAAGAAGCAGAGAAAUUAUUAACUGAAAAAGGAAAACAUGGUAGUUUUCUUGUACGAGAGAGCCAGAGCCACCCUGGAGAUUUUGUUCUUUCUGUGCGCACUGGUGAUGACAAAGGGGAGAGCAAUGACGGCAAGUCUAAAGUGACCCAUGUUAUGAUUCGCUGUCAGGAACUGAAAUACGACGUUGGUGGAGGAGAACGGUUUGAUUCUUUGACAGAUCUUGUGGAACAUUAUAAGAAGAAUCCUAUGGUGGAAACAUUGGGUACAGUACUACAACUCAAGCAGCCCCUUAACACGACUCGUAUAAAUGCUGCUGAAAUAGAAAGCAGAGUUCGAGAACUAAGCAAAUUAGCUGAGACCACAGAUAAAGUCAAACAAGGCUUUUGGGAAGAAUUUGAGACACUACAACAGCAGGAGUGCAAACUUCUCUACAGCCGAAAAGAGGGUCAGAGGCAAGAAAACAAAAACAAAAAUAGAUAUAAAAACAUCCUGCCCUUUGAUCAUACCAGGGUUGUCCUACACGAUGGUGAUCCCAAUGAGCCUGUUUCAGAUUACAUCAAUGCAAAUAUCAUCAUGCCUGAAUUUGAAACCAAGUGCAACAAUUCAAAGCCCAAAAAGAGUUACAUUGCCACACAAGGCUGCCUGCAAAACACGGUGAAUGACUUUUGGCGGAUGGUGUUCCAAGAAAACUCCCGAGUGAUUGUCAUGACAACGAAAGAAGUGGAGAGAGGAAAGAGUAAAUGUGUCAAAUACUGGCCUGAUGAGUAUGCUCUAAAAGAAUAUGGCGUCAUGCGUGUUAGAAACGUCAAAGAAAGCGCCGCUCAUGACUAUACGCUAAGAGAACUUAAACUUUCAAAGGUUGGACAAGGGAAUACGGAGAGAACGGUCUGGCAAUACCACUUUCGGACCUGGCCGGACCACGGCGUGCCCAGCGACCCCGGGGGCGUGCUGGACUUCCUGGAGGAGGUGCACCAUAAGCAGGAGAGCAUCAUGGAUGCAGGGCCGGUCGUGGUGCACUGCAGUGCUGGAAUUGGCCGGACAGGGACGUUCAUUGUGAUUGAUAUUCUUAUUGACAUCAUCAGAGAGAAAGGUGUUGACUGCGAUAUUGACGUUCCCAAAACCAUCCAGAUGGUGCGGUCUCAGAGGUCAGGGAUGGUCCAGACAGAAGCACAGUACCGAUUUAUCUAUAUGGCGGUCCAGCAUUAUAUUGAAACACUACAGCGCAGGAUUGAAGAAGAGCAGAAAAGCAAGAGGAAAGGGCACGAAUAUACAAAUAUUAAGUAUUCUCUAGCCGACCAGACGAGUGGAGAUCAGAGCCCCCUCCCGCCUUGUACUCCAACGCCACCCUGUGCAGAAAUGAGAGAAGACAGUGCUAGAGUCUAUGAAAACGUGGGCCUGAUGCAACAGCAGAAAAGUUUCAGAUGAGAAAACCUGCCAAAACUUCAGCACAGAAAUAGAUGUGGACUUUCACCCUCUCCCUAAAAAGAUCAAGAACAGACACAAGAAAGUUUAUGUGAAGACAGAAUUUGGAUUUGGAAGGCUUGCAUUGUGGUUGACUACCUUUUGAUAAGCAAAAUUCGAAACCAUUUAAAGACCACUGUAUUUUAACUCAACAGUACCUGCUUCCCAAUUACUCAUUUCCUCAGAUAAGAAGAAAUCAUCUCUACAAUGUAGACAACAUUAUAUUUUAUAGAAUUUGUUUGAAAUUGAGGAAGCAGUUAAAUUGUGUGCUGUAUUUUGCAGAUUAUGGGGAUUCAAAUUCAAGUAAUAGGCUUUUUUAUUUUUAUUUUUAUACCCUUAACCAGUUUAAUUUUUUUUUUUUCCUCGUUGGGGAUGAUGAGAAGAAAUGAUUUGGGAAAAUUAAGUAACAAUGACCUAGAAAAGUGAGAACAAUCUCAUUUACCAUCAUGUAUCCAGUAGUGGAUAAUUCAUUUUGAUGGCUUCUAUUUUUGGCCAAAUGAGAAUUAAGCCAGUGCCUGAGACUGUCAGAAGUUGACCUUUGCACUGGCAUUAAAGAGUCAUAGAAAAAGAAUCAUGGAUAUUUAUGAAUUAAGGUAAGAGGUGUGGCUUUUUUUUUUUUUCUUUUUUCCAGCUGUUGACCAAUUAUAGUUUGGCUGUUGACUGAGAAGGUUGUGGUGGGAAAACGUUUGCCAUAUUUUCUUUGCAUUUGAGUAAUUGUCUUGUACUUAGAAAAAAGGCAUCUAUGAAUGACCAGUGUUUUUGGUUGUCAAAUGUUGCUGACAAACUUAUCCCAAAACUUUAGUGGCUUAAAAAAACCUGCCCCCAACUGUUCGUCAAUCUGAGCUGGGCUCAGCUGGGCUGUUCUUCUGCCAGCCUGCAGGUGGCCACUCAUGUGGUCAGCAGGUCGGCGGAGAGACUGGGAUGGCUGGGCUUCUCUCUCUGCCUGCAGUCCUGAGUCUCUCCUUCUUUGUGUAGUCUCUUUCAGUGGCCUGGCUGGCAGGGUAGCUAGACCUCUCACAUGCAGCUCAGAGCUCCCAAGAGCUCAAAAGCAGAAAUGGCCAGGCCUUCUGAUGACUUAAGUCGAGAAUUGUCACAGUGUCCCUUCUACUUACCUCUAUUGAUGAUGAUGAUGAUGAUGAUGGUGAUGAUGAUGAUUUUUUCUAAUCAGAAGAAAGCUGGGGUAUGCCCUCUACUUACUAAACAAGUCACAAGCCCAGCUCAGAUUCAAGAAAAGGGUUUGAAGUAGAGGUGCAGUUAAGUGGGGGGGCCACUAGUCUAACAGAUAGUCACAACCAGUGCCAUGGAAAACCAAGGAUAUUAGCAAAAGUAGAAGUUGCUAGUGACCUUGGGAAGCCGAAGCUGCUUACAGUAGCUGGGACAAGCUGAAAGUCAGACUAAGAAAUAAAGAGAGGGCCUUCAAGAAGCUUCCUGAAUGAUUUCUGCUAGCCCUGAGCCUAUUUUUGGAACCAGCACUUGGGGAAACUGAUCUUGUGAGGAUGGAUGUGUUUAGGGACACAGGGCUUUUGAGAGCAGCACCACCCCACUGGGGCAUCCCCAGACUUGGGAAACGUGACUCUUUCUUAAUGCCACUGGGUUUUAGUCAGGCCACAGUGAGAAGGAACAGCCCUAACAGGCCUCCAGCCAGGUUGAAUGAGCUCAUUUUUGUUUUAGCCAACCAGUAAGAUUUGCUAAUGUUCCACCUUAAGUGCCUUCUCCAGAGACGUCCCUCUUUGCCUCACAUGUUGAAUCAUCCAGUGCGGAUAUUUCAAUGAAAAUAUCAUUGGUUGGCUUUUGUGAUGGUAAUAAUGCUAUGGCAUCUUUGCCAUGAAGUUGUGGCCUCCUUGGAUUCUUCUGACUUUGGCUUCUGAAAGGAAGGCCUAGAUCCAGCCCUGGUGGUAGUUCCUUUCUGAAGUCUCUCAGUCCCUUGAGACUUUGGGGUAGUUUGGCUGCCAUUCUCACUGACAAAAUGUAUAUCAGCCCCCACCUCCACCCCCCAAUAUUCCUUGAACUUUGAAUUGCUUCAGAACACAGGUGUGGCCUGAAGGUAUUCCCUUAUUAGGGAAGUGUCACUGCUGUCUUCUAGUCAAACUUGUAAAGAAAAAGAUUCCAGUUCAGUAUUUGCAGCAAGAAGCUUGAAUCCUGUUCUUUUUAUUGCAUUGUUACAUCGACUCAUUCUCCAUUUUGCUUUGGUUUUGUCUUGACUUGACUUUGGGGGUAAAGUCUUUCACCAGCACACAAGAGUUUGAUUGUACAAAUAUAUCUUCUGCAUUAACGUCUCUGCCUGUUGCUUAAGAUCAGUUGCUUUUAUACUCAGAAUGAAAAUACCUGAUCUUGGCUAGUUUUGUUAUAGGAUAUUGAUUUCAUUUAGAUUUCCCUCCACGAGAUCAGCAAACUAUCAUGUUCUUAUGUAAACUUAGGCCAAGGCCAGAGUUAUCAUAGUCCCUAGGUUGCUACGGCUUAUCAUGUGCUUGGUAAAAGGUGAUCGCAGGUUCUCAGACGAGUUUACUUUACAUGAGAUGGAAUCAGGCAGAGAGGCUGGGAUGAUGGAGAAAGCUCGAGGUGAAGUUUUAAAGAAAAGUUGUGGAAAGGAAAGUUCCAAAGAGGUGGUUUCUGAGGAAGUCAGAGCGCCCAGGGCCAGAGCAGUCAGUAAUGGGUGAAUGAGGUUAUUUGGAAAGUCGGUGUGACAGACACGUGGAUGCCAUCUACUUCUAGGUUGCUGGUGGGUAUUAAAUAUGCACAAUAUUCCAUAGCUCACUGAGGAUUUUAAAAUUAUAAGCAUAGGAUUUUAUAUUUUGGGGUGAAAGAGUUAUCUGGCACAUGGUAUUGGAGUUUAAAAAAAAAGCCAAAUUUCACAGUCUUAAUAACUUUAAAAAAAAAAAACUAAAAGGCGCUUCAUGUCCAGUGUGUGGCCCUUCUGAAACUUAUGGUCAUCUCUCCCACUGAAACCAAGGUCUUUUCAAAUGUGACUAAAUGGGGAUGAGAAGACACGGGUAGGACUUUCUUGGUGUGUGUGCAUUCUUUAAAGAGCCAAGUUACUUCAGGGAAACAGCCAGGAAAAUGGUCAAGAUUAUUUUUAGAGGUUAUUUUACUGGGGAUUUUAAGAACUAAUAACAUCUUGAGUUAUUUUUAAUUCAGGGGGAUGUGGAAAGGUUUGCAAUUGUCAAGUGUUUUGUUGUAGCUUAGUAUCCAUAAGGGAAACUUAGACUAUAGACAUAACUACAAAGCCAGUGCAGCUUUUGUUUUCUGUAUGUUGUUGGGGGAUCAACUUUCACACAUAGCAAGCACAUGGCCUCCCUGAUGUCAGGAUGCCUUUGUUAGGAUCUGUAUUUGCCCUUAAUUUUGUUGAAAUCUUUUUUCCUUCUUCCUCUUGAAAAGUUCCAAAAUAUGGUUUAUUGUAUCUUUCAUCACUAAAAAUUUGUUCCUUUUUCACUAUGGGCAGUUCACACAAGGCAAAAACUAUUGAACAGUUGGUUUUAGUGUGUUGUAUAACUUUGCUGUAUAUCAAACUAAUUUUGACAAGUUUUUAUCCUAAGCCUCAAAUCAUGUAAUUAAUAAUUUGCCUGUUAUUUAUGACCUAAUCGUGAUUCUUUUAUUAAUAAAAGCUAAUGGGAAAAGGAUCCCUGAUUAAGCUGAUGACUAGACCUACAAUUAAUUUUCCUGCAGUAUAUGAAGUAUUGUACCAGAGUAUUAAAAGAUAUGUAAUAUUUUAUUGAUAAAUCUAUCCUUUAAAAGGAAUACGUUUUAGGAUGUCAUCAUUUUGAUGUGAAUCAUGUAAAUGUUGAUAAUAUGCUGUUUAUUAUACAUUUAGUGUUUCAAGAGAUUCACUUAAUUGCCUUUUUGCCCACGUAUAUUAUGUAGUCUAUUUGCAACUGUUUUUAAAAAAAUGACAUUAAAAGAAUAGUUUAUGUAGAGAAACAUUAGUGGAUGUUAAUUGUCUCCCCACCUAUAUUUAUGGGUGUUAGUGCAACUGCUUUGCUAGUUGCAAAGCUGUAUUAUCAGAGUAAAAGUGUAUUUGUAAACUGUAUGGGAACUAAAAAUUAGGAAUAAAACCAUUUUCUUAUAUGA